GUUGUCAAAUCUUACGUGACGUGAUUUAUGUAUUAGUGUUUAUUGUUCUUCAGUGAUUCCUUAUACAAAUUUAUGUGUGCUGCGCUUAAUUUUUGUUUAUGUUUGCAACAACGUGAAAAAAGACAACGAAAAAAACACAACAAAAGGAUCAGGAUGUCACGAUGGGCCGGUGGUCACGCUGCACCUGUGCUCUGUGCUGGAGUUUGCUGUGGAUCAGAGCAGCUGCUAGCCACCGGAGCAGAAGCGGGUGAACUGACUGUGUGGAAUCACAGCGGAUUACCACUGUCUAAACUGCAUGUGCGUAACCGUGAAGACGUUACAUGCGUGGCGUUUUCCCCGUUGGCGCCCUGCAUGCUGUACGCCUCUCACGGACAGAGCGUCAGCAUACUCGACCCCAGGAAUCUCAAUACGACUGUGACAGAACUGCAGAAUGUAGUUGAGGAGGAGAUCAACUCUCUGUCUGUGAAUGAGGGGGGCGGCGUUCUCGCUUUGGCUGAUGAUUCUGGAGUCGUGAGGAUCGUAGACCUGCAGCUAGAGAAAGUUACCAGGACGCUGUGGAAACACGACAACAUCUGCUCAUCCGUGACGUUUCGCCCGCACAGACCUCAGAGCUUAGUGUCUGCAGGACUCGACAUGCAGGUAAUGUUAUGGAGUCUCCCAAAGGUGUGUCCGCUUUGGACCUGCAGUCUACAGGACGCGUCAGAGGGAGGAGGUGCAGGGCAGAUUUUCAACCCUCCACUGGCACACUGCGUUGACGUGGCAUCCUGUGGCGAUGUGUUUGCCUGCGCGGCCGAGGACGGCUGUGUGCAUCUACUGCGGGUGUCUGCUGACUCGAGGCUCAGAGAACGUGGUGCUUUCAAAGCUCACAGUCAGGGAGCCUCACAAGCACGCUUUCUCAACUUCCUGUCUCAUCCGUAUUGGCUGGCCACAGGAGGAAAUGAUGGACUUGUGGCUCUUUGGGACCUCAGUGAAAAUGAUGUGGUGCUCAACAACAGGAAGUUCAAGCAAAACGUGACUAAGAAGAGAACUAAAGGCAGAGCAAAGACCGUUAAACCGCAGAUGGGAAGAGAUGAGCAUAAAGAUGGCAGUGCUCACUCUGCUUUAGAGACAGGUGCAGAAGUUAAACCAAAAUUGUGUUUUAAUCACAAGGACAAAGUAAACUGGGUGUGUCCGACUAUGUUGAAAGGAAAGCCGAGUCUACUGGUGACAGACCAAAGUUCCAGCCCGACUCUGUAUUCACUGGAAAACCUGUAAUAUUUAUCUAGAAAAAUAUGAUCAUAUUGUCUCGUGAUUUUCUCUGAAUAGUACACUUAACAAAUUUAGAUAUGUGCUCUGAUUGCCCAGCUAACCAGUAUGUUGUGAUUGGCCGAAUACCUCUAGAGCAGUGGUCUCCAACAUGGUGCUCACUGGUUGAGUCUGUGUGGUCCCCGCCAAAGCACAUUCUAUGAAUAGUCUCAAUUGUAAUAUUUCUUUUUUUGCAUAUGUUUAUAUUAACUUGGCUUCUUUUUAUGUAUGUUAACAUUUUAAGCAAUGAUAAAACAUAAAACAUGUAAAGUAAAAUAGAAUCAAAAAGUAAAACAAAAACGUUUUGGGUAGAUAAAUAUCAAAAAAGUAGCCCUCAAGAUUGUUUUAUCCAUUGUAGUAGCCCUUGCUCACAAAAAGGUUGGAGACCCCUGCUCUAGAGUAUGAUGGAAAUGUUACGCUCCUUACCAUAUCUGUCUUGUUAUUUUCAUUAUGUAUAAUAACAUUCUUUGUAUAUGCAUCAGAUUUGAACCCAAAUAAAUAUUUUCUCAGUUUUUUUCAAUGUUAAUCACAGCAUUGUUAUAUAUUGUAAAUUAGAACUUGACCGAUAUAUCGGUAUCCCGAUAUUGAAGCAUUUUCCUAUUAUCGGGUAUCGGUUUUGUAAAAUCAGAUUGACCAAUAAGCGCUGCCAUCUUGUGGGUGUUUUGAAAAUUGCGUGUUGGACUGCCAUUUCAUCACAGCGUCUGAGAAUAGAACAACAACAGCGUGCUCAGCAAAUUUGACGGCGGUGUGGCGCAAAAGGACUUUGAGUAUUUACUUACUUUGGUUUAUUUAAUCAACUUCUUUAUAACAGCCGUUAAUGCACAGACGAGAUGUAUUAUAAGUGCCUGAUAUGCAAUUUAUGUAGCUUGGCUGAGAAAUAGAGACAAACUUACAGUCACGUCAGAUCCAUCAAAUCCUGUCCCAAUAAUGACGUAGUUUUACUUGAAUAAAAAAACCAUGAAUGAAUGCUUGUGGGACAUACAAUGCUGAAUUAAAUUCAUUUUUCUGUUA